AUGAACGCUGUCAGUAUUGGGGAGUACCAUGGGCUACGGGUGGGCUCGGCCCUGCUUAGCAUCGUAGCGGGGUGUAUUAUCAUCGGAGUGUCUAAGGACUGUGACGCUGAUGCUGUAGGGGGCAUCUUCCUAGGCGCAGGAGGACUGGGUCUCCUCAUCUCCGUCUAUCCCUUCAUAAGAGCAUGGUUCAGCUUCCACCACAUCCUGCCCAACAUAGGAAACUUCCGGGUGCACCCACUGGCGGCCCCCGAGCAGCCCCCCGACCCGCUCAAAAGAGAAGGCACUCAGGGUCAGCUGACUGUGGAGCACUCUAAAAGCCGAAUGGGGACGUUUGUGGAAACGGCUGCUGCUACAGCUGAGGGUUCGCAGGAAGACGGACCCUCUUCGGAUGUUCCUGAUAUUUUGGGCAGACGCAAACCCAAAUCCUCCGAGCAGGACCUUCCCUAGUUCCUGAAGCUGACCGCAGAUGCCGUGGGAAGAACACAGGAUUGUUUCACAUCGAACCACAGGGUCCCGUCUGAUUCUGAGGUCUGAUAAAAGUGGCAGUUAAAAAAAAAACAAACAAAAAAAAAAAUUUCACCCCCCAUUAAAUCCAAAUCAACCAAGACGCGUUCUUUUUUAGUUCCACUCUGCUGAAGCAAUGAGGCUAAUGUAGCUAACUAAUGCUGGGAGCAUAAACCUCACCGAUUAGCAUGAUGCUAACUGAAUAGCCGAAUCGUCACAUGCUCUCCAUAAUAAACCGUGUGGAGGUGUUCAGCAUCUCUAAUAGCCUUGAUUCUGUGCUUUCUGACUCUGUUUAAUUCUGCUGCCACUGUUUUGGUGAGUUUUUUCUUUUUUGCUGAGCUGAAAUCAGUGAGAUCAAGAGGGAGUUUGUGGUCGGGUUAAACUUGGGCAGUGACUGUAGUUUGGCUGUUUGAGUUAUUUUGGCCAGAGGCGUGUAGCUUUUGACAGCUUUUGAUUGCUGAUUGUUUAAAAGUUUGGAAUCAACGUUUCCUGCUGCCAGUUCUACCUAAACGCCACGGAAGUGGCCGAAUGAACCGGUAAUGGAUGCUACGAUAUUAACAGCAUAACAAAAAUAAAUAGAAUCUUUGAAAUUUUAA